AAUCAAAAUCAAAAUAAAAACUUCUUUACACAAAAAAAUGAGCGCACUAACAUGACCCCAUCCUUGUUCAUUAACUUCGACACUCAUCUUCUUCCUCCGUCGCUACACACUCGCAUCAAAUCUCAAACCGCAAUAGGGUUUCAGUUAGUGUAGGUGAAUAUGAGUAUUGUUCCUAAAGAGACAAUUGAGGUUAUUGCACAGAGUAUUGGGAUUAACAAUUUAUCACCUGAUGUUGCUCUUGCUAUUUCUCCUGAUGUUGAAUAUCGUAUGCGUCAGAUCAUGCAGGAAGCAAUCAAAUGCAUGAGACACUCUAGGCGAACCACUUUGACGGCAGAAGAUGUUGAUGCUGCGCUCCACUUGAAGAAUGUUGAACCAAUAUAUGGAUUUGCAUCUGGUGGUCCUUUAAGAUUCAAACGAGCUGUGGGGCACAAAGAUUUGUUUUAUAUUGAUGACAAGGAUGUAGACUUAAAAGAUGUCAUUGAAGCUUCUUUACCAAAAGCACCCCUUGAUACUGCACUUACGUGUCACUGGCUUGCCAUUGAAGGAGUGCAACCUGCUAUUCCAGAAAAUGCUCCUGUAGAUGUCAUUUCAGCUCCUUCGGAUGCCAAAAAGCAUGAACAGAAGGAUGAAAACCUUCCAGUUGACAUCAAAUUACCUGUUAAGCAUGUGUUAUCUAGAGAGCUUCAGCUCUAUUUUGAUAAAGUGACCGAACUAGCUUUAAAUGAGCCUGAUUCGGUUCUCUUUAAAGAAGCAUUAGUAAGUUUGGCUACUGAUUCAGGACUUCAUCCAUUAGUUCCUUAUUUCACAUGCUUUGUAGCUGAUGAGGUUUCUCGCGGUUUGAGUAAUUUUGGACUUCUAUUUGCCUUGAUGCGAGUUGUUAAUAGCCUUUUGCUAAACCCUCAUAUCCAUAUUGAACCUUAUCUACACCAGUUGAUGCCAUCAAUUGUUACCUGCCUUGUUUCUAAAAGGUUGGGAAGUAGAUUGACAGACAACCAUUGGGAACUUAGAGACUUCACUGCUAACCUGGUUGCAUCAAUAUGCAAAAGGUUUGGACAUGUUUAUAGUAAUCUACAGUCCCGGUUGACAAAAACGUUGCUGAAUGCAUUCUUGGAUCCAAAGAAGGCAUUGACACAACACUAUGGUGCAAUCCAGGGGUUAGGAGCACUGGGAUCCAAUGUGGUUCGCCUUCUUUUGCUGCCAAAUCUUGAAGCAUAUAUACGUCUUCUUGAACCAGAGAUGCUUCUUGAGACACAGAAAAAUGAAGUGAAAAGGCAUGAAGCUUGGCGUGUUUAUGGAGCCUUGCUGCGUGCUGCAGGUCAAUGUAUAUACCUUCCACUAAAGAUGUUCCCAGCUUUUCCAUCUCCUGCCCCUCAUUCUGUCUGGAAGACCAGUGCAAGUGUUCUUACUUCUCCACCUCAUAAACGAAAGGCAAGCCCCAUGGAAUUGGACCAGCAGUCCCCUUUGAAGAAAACAGCUACUGAUGGAGAGGUUAGUGUGGAUCUGGCGAAUUCCUCACCAUCUCACAAGCAAGAGGAGACAGGAACUCAAGCUUCGGUUGAUUCAAAAAUUGGUUCACCAUCAUCUUCUGGACAGAUGAAAAAUCAGAUCACUACCCAUGGUGACGUUAUAAGUAGUGGGGGUGAUACUCAGGGUUUGAAUAUCUCUGCAGUCCUAGCCCAGGUUUGGAAGGAUGAACUGAAUUCAGGACGUAUCCUGACAUCACUGGUUGAGCUGUUUGGUGAAAACAUCCUCUCAUUCAUUCAAACUCGUGAGAUGUAUAUGUUCUUGUAACAUAGGACGUAUCGUAGCAAGUUUGUUUAUGGAUAAACCAUGGAUGACCUGUAGGUAAUGUGUGAUUUUGAGAACAAAUUAAUAUCACUUGGUAUAAAAUGUGUAAUUUUCUUCUGGAGAUGAAAUUUUGGAUUCACCUGAA